UCGUGAGUCGUUUCCUGAUGGCAUAUCGAGCUCCCCGCUGCGUUCACUGAAGCCGACGGAACUUGAGGCCCAGUGAAAAACCCGUCGAAUUAGACCGAAUGAAAUCGUGUCAGAUAUUAUUUACGGCGCUUUGAAUCGAGUGUCCUCGUGUUUUCCAUAUGCCACUCGAUUUUGCCCAAUAUUCAGUCAUUUCUUGCCUGUUCUCCUCGAACGAAAUCUUUUCAUUCUGUUUAACUCGUAGUCCACGUCGCCAUGUAGAUUCAAUCGACGAUUCAAAUCAUAUCCUUCGAGACUGUGCGAACAAAUUUCAGAAAAACCCAAGUAUCAUGCAAAUCUCUGAGUCUGAUGUUGUCCACGGUCGCAAACGACGCCAUUCCGACCAAAGUGAUGACUUCGAAAACACUUCACCGCUCCGUCCCACUAAUCAAAAAUGUGCCACUCAUGCUGCUCAUGCCAUUCAAUGUCUGUAUAACUCUGGUGUUGAAGAUUCUCAAGUCAAGUCACAAACAUGGGCUUUGAGUAUAUAUCAACAUGCAGCAUCUUCCAAUGCCCAGCUCCUCCAGUCCGACAAUUUCGAGGGAACGAAAGGUUCUCUGGACUCUGUUGCCGGCCAUGGAGAGCAUCCUCAGAGUAGAGAUGCAGCUGCAAUCAUGGUCCACUCUGGUGCGUACUACAACAUGUUCCUUAAUUCGAUAGAAAAAGCGCCAUUCACUACGUUCGAGAUUGAAUCCAAUGCAGUCAUGGAUGGUUCUGAAGAUGUGGGAACACUCGAAAUCAAGGAACACGCAACUUCGAUGUCUGCUAAUGAUGUCAGUCCUUCUGUCCCUUCAACUUCGACUUCUGCUGCAGCCACUCUCACUCCUUCGGAUCCUGUUACACCAACUACAAGUGGCAUUACUGAUGACAGUGCAAUGUCUCCGGUGAUUACCCCAACUCUGGUCCCAGCAAAAAAGGCCUCCGGGUUCAUGAAGCCUGGAAAGAGUACAAGCGUGAGGUAAGGUGUUUUGCUAUUGAUUGUGAACGGAAUCUGACAUCACGUGCGGAAGUGGGCCAUCGCGCUUCGCGCGUGGCAUGUACGAGUCCUCAUUGGAAUUCUUCAGCUGUACUGAUAAAAGAUAUGUACAUG